ACACACCGCACACAGUCCGGCGAGUCGGAUCUGUAGAGACACGUAGAGAGACGCGGCGCGUAAGGGCUUUUAGACCGGAAUCGAAUCGCGGAGUUGGCCUCUUCUCGUCUAAUUCUUCGACACGCGCGACGCACGUACGCAACCGACCGCACGGGCAACACGACGGUGGGCAUCCCUGUCCGCGCACCCUGUCCGGUGACCGAUCGUGAUUCGGCCGUGUCCGUCCGUCAUAUUCCCGGCCCCGAGAAAGAGAGAGAGCAAGGUUGCUGGCACACGUAGUUGGUGGUGUUGCGACGCACAGCGAGGAGGCGGAGGGGACGGUGCGCGCGUAGACGGAGCGAGGCGAGAACGAGCGAUUGGGAACUGACUGCCGGCCAUGGAGAAGCGGAUAGAGCUCGAGAAGCGGGGAAAGAAGCCCGGCGACAUCAAAGAACUUGUUCUUGAUAACUGUCGGAGUACGCACAUUGUGGGCUUGACAAAUGAAUUCAGCGCCCUAGAAUCCUUGAGUCUCAUCAACGUGGGUCUUACCAGUCUAAAAGGCUUCCCAGAGUUGUCCAGUCUUAAAAAGUUGGAGUUGAGCGAUAAUCGGAUUUCGGGCGGUUUAAAUUUGCUUGAUUCGAGCCCCAAAUUAACUCAUUUGAAUCUAAGUGGAAACAAGAUCAAAGAUCUUGAUACGCUACAACCAUUGAAAGAAUUUAAAAAUCUGAAAAGCCUGGAUCUGUUCAACAAUGAAGUGACAAAUAUGGAUAAUUAUAGAGAGAAAGUCUUCAAUCUUAUUCCCAGUCUACGAUAUCUUGAUGGAUAUGAUGCCGAUGAUUGCGAAGUUGACAGUGAAGGGGAGGAUGAUGAAGUCAAUGGAAAUGAAGAUGGAGAUGGGGAGGAUAAUGAAGAAGACAGCGAAGAAGUUUCAGAUGAAGAAGAUGAUGAUUUCUUAGAUGACGAUCCAGGAUUAGAUAUGGUCUAUUCGGAAAAACUCGGGGACAGUGAUGAGGAAGAUUACAUAGGGGAGGAAGAAGAGGAAGAUGAUGAUGAAGAUAAUGAAGAUGAAGAGCAGGAAGAAGAAGAAGAAGAGUCUCCUGUUCGAGGAAAGAAAAGAAAAAUUGAAGAUGGAGGAGAGAACUUGAACGAUUAAGAUGGGCGGCAAGUGUCUGAUACUGUUGAAUGAGUGUAAAAUUCGUAUAAAUAAUAACAAUAAACGACGCCGAGUGAACAGCUGGGAAUCAAACUAAUCGACCGACCAAUGACAGACUACAGUUAGUGAUGUGAAUUUAUCAGUAAAUCAUUGACUGAAGAAAUUGUGUAACAACAAAAGAUUUACCAUAUGGUAGAAGCAGAAUGUGAAUGAGAAAUGUAAAGAGAAGGGGAGAGAAAUAGAUAAUGAUGGCAUAAAAAUAGGGCUGCAUUCCAGCUGGACACAGCACAGUUUUAGUUAUACUAACGAUAUUUUAUAUAGAGUAUAUAGUUAGAGUAUUAGUGGUGUUGCAUAGAGUGAACGGAAGAUCGGGAUAUUAAAUGAUUUAAAGAGAGAAAGUAUGAGAGAAAGAGAGAGGGCGAGAGUGAGUGCGAGAAAAUGUUCGCGUGUGUAUGUGCGUGCGAGACAAAAAUAGAGAGCAGGAGGUAGCGGAGUUUUACACUUGAAGGAGCAUCUUGUCUGUUAGCUCCAGUCGGCCAAAGGCUGGUCACGCUGGAAUGCGGUCAUCUCGUUAAUCAGUACUAAGGUUACAUAAGUUACAUUUUAAAUACAUUAUUAUUGUACCGUGAAUAAGUAUAUAGAGUAAACGAGGAACAACUUUUGUACAGGUUUACACCAUACAUCGAGGUGCAUUAUAUGCCUCUGUGAUUUUUGGGACAGAAAAUAAAGAGAAAGAGAGAAAUAUAUGUUGCUCGUAUAUGUGAGCGUAUAUAUCUGCCGAGGAUGGGAUGGAGAAAUAUGUUAUAAAACAGGACUAUUGCUAUAAUCGAUGGCGAAGAUACGCAUUUUUCGCGAAGAUGUUUUAAGCUACAGAUCCGUUACAGAUAUUGCGAGAUCCGGUAUCAACGGCGGAAAAGAGAUAGCAAAUAGAAAAUAAUAUCAUAAUAUUUAUUAUUGUUUUCAAUCGCGUGAUUCCGAUGAUAGGAGAGUGAGAAAGUUAGAUCGUUUAUAUACCAGAUAUAAAAUUCUCCGAUACAUUUCGAUCGUGUCGAGCGUUGCGCGUAAACGCGGACACGUGUGUUAUUAUAACCUAACUUAGACUUUUUUCUAGUAAGCUUUAAGUUCCAGAUAUUCUUUAUACAAUAUCUGAUAUACAACGGCGAUCGCAUAGCGGCCCAUGGCUGUUAGAAUUAUUGUUAUUUACUCUCGGGCAUUGCGUAAAAAUUAUGCUCCUUUAAUAUAAAAGAAUCAAUUUGAUUAUUAUUAUGAGAUAUAUGAUAUAUUCUCCUACUUUUGAAGAUAAUUAUACAAUUAUAUAAUUCGAUCUUUUUUCUCUUCCUUUUUUUUGUUAUGUAUAUAUAGAGCAUCACAUACAUACACACACACACACACAUAGAACUAUCGUAUUAUCUUUUAAUUAUGUGUAUUCUAUCAUGAAUAGAUAUUCUUUGUUCAUCUUAAGCAAAAGUUUUUUUUAAAUAGAAAUUUAAUAUUGAUUAAUUAAAAAUAUUUUUAAUAUUGAAGAUUGGAAAACUUGUGACGCAAGUAAUAUAGAUUUAUUAACUUAUCGUUUUAAGAAAAAGCGAAAUGUAAUUAAACUGAAAAGAAAUACGAUAAUUCUAGGACAUUCUGUGUAUGCCAAAGUAUAAUUAUGUUGAUUAAUAAUGUGGUUAAUUUUUGUGUAUACAUAACUAUAUGCAACAGGCCUCAGUCUUUGGAAUGAAUUACUAAGCAAACAAAAAUCAACAUCGUGUGCGUCAAAUGAUUAACCUUUAAUUUCUGUCUCUGAAGUUACCAUUGCGCUGAUACAUUUCGUGAUGAAGUGUGAAGAUGAUAAUGGGAGGAAAGGGGGGUAAUAGAGAUUCAUCAAUAUUAUGAUUAACAUUAAAUUAUACGUUUGAUUUGAAGAAACAAAAUAUUUAUACUUGCGCUUUCGCACUUUUGUGAAUUGUACUAAAGUCAGAAACGCAAAAUUAGACUUAGGACAUAAACAAAAGGAAAAUGUGAAAAGAGACAUUUAACGAAAUAGACGCAAGAUAAAGGGAUUGAUCCGAUGUAGUUAAUGGUGAGACUGUGACGAAUAUAGACUGGACAGAGGACAACCAAUUAACUACGUAAUCGUGUGAGAAUGGAUGGGAGCGUGGUGGUGAGUGAAAGUGUGAGGAGAGAGGAUCGGUUUUAUAAGAAAAAUAAUAAUAAUUACGGUAUAUAUAGUACCGAGGACCUGGCGCCUCCUUGUCGCCAGUUUGGUUAUGGCCUUAUCCAAUUUUUCCAAGACUAAAAGCAAAUUUAUAUUAGGUACAAUGAGUAUAUGUGAACAUGUACAGGUCCAAAUCUGUAAAUUUCCAAUCUGCAAUUUGUAAUUGCGGCUCGCGCGGAAGCGUAUUAAGAGAGUUAAAUUAUAAAUAAUUAAGAAUUUAAAUUAUAAAUAAUGAAAAACACAUUCCGCGCGCCCCGCGACACGUACACACAUACACAUAUAACACUUUUGUCAAUUGCGAUUUUGGAUAGACCAUUUAUGUAAGGAAAAAAAUUUGUCUAUCAUCUUCUAUUAUCAGAUAUAUAUUACAUUAUACAUAUAUAUAUAUAUAUAUAUAUAUAUAUAUAUAUAUAUAUAUAUAUAUAUAUAUAUAUUACAUCUGCGUAUAUAUUGUCUGUCUGUUCCGUUGUUAAAAUGGAUUUUUAUCAUAACGGUUGUUUAUUUCGAGCAAUUCUCAUCACACAAAAUAAGAAAAGAUAAUUUAUUAAUAAAAUAUUUACAAAUCAA